AUGCCCCAUCAUCGUCAUGCGCACCGACUUUAUCUUCAGCCGUGCCCUUAUCAGGCGGAUGAUCGUAAGCAGUUCACCGCGGAGCAGGUGCUGAUCGUCUCCGACGAUGGUGUAAAGAAUCUCGCAGCGAAAGUGAGGGGCUGGAGGAGCCUCAGAAAUGGAAAGAUAUUGCCAAAAAUCAGGACGGUGCUCAAUAAGAUGCUUUCUCGCGAUUUUGUUGUACCUGUGCGUAAAGAUAUAGUAAGAAGAGGCUCUCGCUUCUCGCUGAAUACCCAUUCUCCGGGCGAUGGUUUGAAUUUCACCUCGAUAUCUUCCUCGCACGAGGACCCGCGGGUCGAUGAGAAAGCAUUCGUGGUACGGACUGAAGAAACAUGGACUGAAACGACUGGCACCAUGGUCCUCCGCGAGAGGCAUGGACAGGACACGAAUCUUCUCCUGCUAAAGUGCAGAAAACUCGAAUUUGGUUUCCCCGAGUUCGAUGAUUCGUGCUUCGAUCGCCUCCAGCGCAUUCUCUUGGAGAUUAGAUAUACUUCCAACCUUGGUCGGGAAUGUUAUGGUACUCCCCUUUCGGGUAAGGUUGCGCGCUCGCAGGCGGUCUGA